GCACAAAGCAUUUGAGUAGUGAAAAGUUUGAAGGUCUGGUAAAUUUGUUAAGCUCAAAAUUCCACUUCCAUGGAGCAACCUCCAUUCAUUUCUCACCGGCGAGACGAACCGGAGUUCAACCUCCGUGAAUGGGUGGCAAAGGCUAAAAUUGGCCGCGAUCCCGCCAUUUCCAGGCGAUUCUCCGGGUCCUACAUCAGAAGCUUUCGAGAAGACGCGAGGUCGUUUCGAUCAAAUGUCACCACCGUCACUAGCACCGCCUCCUCUCCUGGAUACCCUUUCGGAGACGAAAUUGACCCUGCUACUUAUUCGUUCACUAAUGCUAUCAAGGCACUGCAAGCCAGGUCGCUUAACAGUUGGGAAUGCUUUUCUCUUGAUGGGUUUACUUUGAAUUCGAAGUGGAAUGAAGCCGAGAAGUAUAUAUGUAAUCCACUUUCUGGGGAAGUACCCAUGGAGUGUUUGUCUGCAAAAUCGCUUAGUGGGAGGUCAUUCAAGAACUUAGCGAACAGAAUUGCCAUAUCUGCUCCUUUAGUUUAUUCCAGUCAUUCACAAAUUGAAACAAAGCCAUAUUCUAUUUCACAAUUAGUUCAGAAACUCCCAAUUCCAGAGAACAAAGUGGAAGCCAAUGGCAUGACCAGAGAUAUGGGAACUCAAAGCACACCAACAGUCGUUGGUUCAAACAGUCCUAGUCCUGCUUCCACGCCUCCUAUCGUGGAGAGAGCAUUAAAGAGAUGCGAAUUAGAAGAAGACUCGCCCAAUUCCAAUUCUAAAAGUACUCCCGAGACAGAGGUGAUAAGAAGAGAAUUGAAUGAGGAGAGAGCAAAAGAAGAAGAAAAGGAAGUAGUACAUAGAGAAACAAUAGCAGAAGAGAAGUUCAAGCAAGGAGGAUGCUUGUCAUGGAUGAUGAAGAAGAAGAAACAGAAAGAAGAAGAGAGAUCAAGAAGAAAGAGGUUAAUUUGUCAUCUAAAACUCAAAGGUUGUUGAAAAACAGUGUGAAAAAGCUAAGAACAAAUUAAAAAACAUGGAAAAGCAGAGAUUUGGAUUAUGUGUUAUGCAGCAAAAUGGAAGAACAGGGGCAGGUGAGAAUGUGGGUUGGUAUUGGAGAUGAUGAGAGGGGUGGGUAUCAUAAAGGAUUGUGUGUUGUGUUGGUGUUAGUGGUCCUAUUUGCCAGUGCCCCUCGGCCAUUUCAUAAUCUGUUCUUUGUGGCUUCACGUGCAUGCUUUUGUCUUUGUGUUGCUGAAUAGUGUAAGGUAAGGGCUCCAAAGGGCCUCCCCUUUUUGUUUUGAACUUUCAAAUCUCUCCUCUCUCAUAGUUAUUAUUUUGACCUUUGUUGUAGAAUUUUUAUACUGUGUUUAACAAAAAUCAAUGUGGAUACUGCUACUUAAACUUCU